AUGCCAGUGGAAAACCCAGCAUUGGAAGGCUAUAACGUCACGAGAUUGAUGUGGCAGAGGUUCUGGAACGACCACCAGAAGACGUUUAUAUCACCCAAGCCAAAGUGCUCCGGUACUUAUAACGAUGAAGGCCGCUUCAACGUUUGGAGCAUGUCAAUUGCUGCGCAGGCGAUAGUUGAUGGUGCACGGUUGUAUCCUAACGAGCUGGGUCCGUUGAUCAAGCCGGUGAUGGAGGCCAUCUACAAGUACAAGUCUCCCAAAUGGAAGGGGUACUGUGCUGCUGAGAACUUUGAAGGCAACGGUGACAUCUAUUACGACGACGAUGCCCAGGUGGCAAGCUUGCUUGUCUCUGCUUAUGAGGUUACUGGCGAUAAGCAGUACCUGGACAAUGGCCGUGAGCUGGUGAGAUACCUGCUUGGUGGUUGGAACGACGACCCUCAGUGUAAGAACAAUGGCGGUGUGCUGUGGCACAGAGACAAGCCAUACAUCGCCGCCAUCUCGACGAGUGAGACUGCUCAGGCAGCGUUGAGGUUGGCCAAGUACGUGCCCAAUGAGCGUGAGAGGCUGGUGAAGUUCUCCAUCAAGUGCAUCGACUACAUCCUCGACAAGCUGUUUGACAAGAGCGAUCACCUGGUGCUGGAUGGUAUCGACAAGAAUGGUGACAGUGCCAACGGCAUGAAGUGGACAUACAACACCGGUGUUGUCCUGUCCUGCUGCUCCCUGAUCUACGAGUUCACCAAGAAUGACAAGUGGAAACAACUGGCCAAUGAGUUUGCUGCAGCUGCAACUGACCGCAACAGAUCCUUGUUCUGCCGUGAUUAUAACGACCAUGAGCUCCGUUAUUGGCGUGAUCCUUCGUACUUCAUCCAGUUGUUGAUCGAGGGGCUGGCUGACUAUCUGCUGGUGUUUGGAGACUCUGCUCCACAGUCUACAAGCGGUGCGAUCCGCAUGGAGAUUGGCCGUCACUUACAAUUCUUCCAGGACUACCUCUAUGACCCUGAAGAUGGCCUGUAUUUCCAGAUGUUCGAAGCCCAUAGAAUCUCCCAGGACAUCUGGAACAAGUACUCUGACAGGUUUGGCGAUGCGAAGAAGUUCGAUGCCAACGGUGAAGAGAGAGGCGAUGGCAGAGGCGACGCUAGCGAAAGACCACUGGUUAAGACGCUAAUUGGAUCAGGCUCAGCCGCCAGAAUCUGGUUCCAAAGUGCUAGAAUCGUGCCACAGUUGUAA